ACGAAGGGAAAACGCUGCCGAUUACGUGGCGGUACGGUUGUUCAGCAUUUGUUGUUGUUAAACGGCGUCGACGAAAAACGAAAACACAGGGAACUUCAAUAUGUACUAGACUUUUUCCAAUGAAUUUUUAAAAUAAAGUUAUAUAUAAAAAAAAUAUUACCACGCAUGCUGUAAAAUUAUGGAUUUAUGUAAAUUUCACCAUACAAGGGAAAAUAUGAAAUGCAACAACUGCACAGGCGGCAGGCUGAAAAGCGCAUAAAUAUUUCAAAAGUCAUGUGUAGAUUUUAGACAACCGGAGUGAAAGAGAGAGAAAGGGCUCAUUGGCCCACUGACCUGUCAAUGGCAUUUAUCGAUAUCGAAACUAUAUCUAUGUAGAUAGAGGACGUUGUAAUCAUGAGAGGCGGCGCGUAGAGCUGAAAAAGUUUUGCCCCCCCCCAAAAAAGUUUGGACUAAUAGAAAAUAUGGCCGGCCAUUGAGUUUGGCCAAAAAGAGCGAAAAGUUUUCCGCUUUACCAGCCGCAUCGUCCUCCAUUGGCAUACCGAGUCCUAUGAGGCCAAAGCCCAGGAUCGAAAUCAGCUGGGGACUUUAAAAGGCGACCGGCCACAAUGGACCUUGGCCGCUGGCUGCUGCAGCUGGGCGUGCACAUGCUGCUGGUUGUGCGGCGCAUUCAGUGUCUACGUGUGACUGACAUCAAUGUGCCACAAAUUGUUGAUUUUCGUGAUAACGUGACAUUAUCCUGCAGCUAUGACAUAAGUGGUCACACGUUAAAUUCGGUUAAGUGGUACAAAAACGGAAAGGAGUUCUUUAGAUACUCGCCUCUUACCCCGCCCACCUACAUCCCGUUCGCUGUGGAGGGCGUUCAGCUGAUCGAUGAAGGCAACGAGUGUAACGAAUCCUCCUGUCGCGUAGAACUCAAUUUAUUGGGCGUCAAGUCGUCGGGAGUCUACAGGUGUGAAGUGUCCGGCGAUGCUCCUCACUUCCAGCUAACUGCUCGCGAUGCCAACAUGACCGUCGAAGCACUUCCUCAAAACAAUCCACUAAUCAGCAGCUUUCACUCAACGUAUCGCUUUGAUGACUUUGUACAGGUUAACUGCAGCACUGAUUUUUCCAGCCUUUUCACUAGAAUCACCUGGUACAUCAAUGGGGUAAAAGUUUCCCUGGUUCAUCUACUGCCCAGUAUAGAGACCACGAUCGUGGCCCAUGGCUAUAGUAUGCGUCGUAUUAUUUCCCAAUUGAAUUUUUAUGCCAAUGAACCGAAAUUUCAUGAACUGCAAUUGCAAAAGUUGAUCCAGCAAAAGCGUACAAUCUCACCUUCCAGACUUGGCCUUGAACUAAGGUGUGUGGCAGAGGUUGAUCGGUAUCCCCAUUUGCAGCGAGAAGGAAGCAUGUUUGCCCAGCUCUUCAGGGAUGAAAUCGAUCAGAAAAAUCAAAAGCUGAUUAAUUCGAGAUCAGAUGCCACUCCAAAUGCACAAGUGCAGCAUCUGCUGCUGGUGGCAAUUUCGAUGACGAUGACCGCAGUGCGACUCUUCACACCGCUGACAUUUCAAUAUGGCACACGGAAGUCGGCACGCUACAAAAUGCGAUGAAUUUCCAUUUUUGUUUUUCCUUCACUUUGUUUUUUUACCUGUUUUUUAAACCAUUUUCGUAGCUCUAAGCAACUGAAAUGCACGUGAGAAUUUACAAACCAAAAAAAAACAAAAAAGAAUCAAUGUAAUAUUUAUGUAUAAUUGUAAUAAAAGCCACGGUGUUAAAUCGAAAGGGGAUGGGAAAAGUAAACUUAAGUCUAGGCAAGCGAAUCCUGUAAAUAGCCUUUAAGUGUGCAAUCGAGUUUUAAGAACACCAUGAAAUCAUCGUCAAUAAACAAGCAAGCAAACAAA